AUGUCAGACACCUCCAAGGAGAAUUCGGGGUCCCAGGAGCUGCCAGUUCUGGGCAAGGUUAGUCUAAACACCAUGGACAGCAAGAUCAACAUGCUGAAUGAGAAAGUCGACAAGCUCCUGCAUUUCCAAGAAGACAUCACGGAGAAGCUGCAGUGUGUGUGCCAUGGCAUGGGCCACUUGGAGCAAGGCCUCCAUCGUCUGGAGGCCUCCCGAGCACCGGGCCUGGCGGGAGCUGGUGGCUUGUCCCCAGCCGACCCUCAGGCUGGGAGUCCUGAGGUCCUGGAGCUGGUGAGGGCCGUGCGACAGGACGCUGCCCAGCACAGCACCAGACUUGAAGCCCUCUUCCGGAUGGUGGUGGCCGUGGACAAGGCCAUUGCUUUCUUGGGGGCCAUGUUCCAGAACUCGAAGGUAGUGGAUUUCAUCAUGCAAGGGAGUGUGCCCUGGAGAAAAGGAAGCCUGACUGAAGGCCCUGAAGAGAAUAAAGAGAAAGUGGAAGAGAAGGGAGCGAAACCAAAACAUGCACUGAGCACAAGAGGUGUGCAAGCUGAGAUCAGGGGACCUCUGGAAGAGAGCCAGAAGGCAGACCCACCAGAGGGCACAGUGGAGCCACUGCCCUCCACCCAUGCUGCAGGGAUGGGAGCAGACCUCCUUACCCAGGCAGGGGCCUCCCCAGGGCAAGGAGAUGGAGCCUCUGGUCAAGGCCAGGUGCCCCCUGACCAGCUGCCACUGUCCACAGAGGUUGAGGCCACAGUGGCUGGGACUGGCUCGGCUGCAGCCCCCAGCAGGGUCAGCAAGAGUCUCAUCAGCCAGGAAAGUGCAGACCACAGGCCUGACUCUAAGACCUCCGAGGAGGGGCUGAGGCUGACUUCAGGACCCAGUCCCCAGCCCCCGGCACCUCUGGAGCCUCCAGUCCAAGCCAGGGCAGCUUAUGGCCAUGUGGAAAGGCCUCCAAGGAUCUCCAUACAUGUGCAGGAGACAGAUACACCUGGGGAGCUGCUUGUGACGAGAUGGGGUGGCCUCAGCCCCACACCCUCUGUGGAGGUUCCACCAGCUACUUGCUCAGGUGAGCAAGAUUCACGUAGGCCCAGGCCCUGCCCUCAGGCCUUUGGGACUGAGUUGGGAGAACAGACCCCCCAAGGAGCCAACAGCAGUGACUGGGGAGUGAAAGUGGAGGAGAAGCCAGGACCUGAGGCUGAAUUCGUCAUGGGAGCAAGCUUGGUGAGAACGAACAAGGGAGCUGAUGCUGCUGGUGCCUGGGACCUACAGCAGGACAAAGGUCCCAGAGCAGGAAACCCUAUGCCUGGGAAGAACUGCACAGGCGGGAUUGGAGGGCCAGCUGAAGCCGAAAGGAGGACGCUCCUAAACACCGAGCCUGGCAGCCUGGUUCUGGAUGACAGUCCAGCUCCACCAGCCCCCUUCGAACACCGGGUGGUGAGUGUAAAGGAGAGCUCCAUCUCAGCAGCUUACACCGUGUGUCAGCAUGAAGUCUUGGGAGGGGGUCGCUUUGGCCAGGUCCACAGAUGCACAGAGAGGUCUACGGGCCUCCCACUGGCCGCCAAGAUCAUUAAAGUGAAAAGCGUUAAGGACCGGGAGGAUGUGAAGAACGAGAUCAACAUCAUGAACCAACUUAGCCACGUGAACCUGAUCCAGCUUUAUGAUGCCUUUGAGAACAAAAACAGCUUCACCCUCAUCAUGGAGUAUGUGGAUGGGGGUGAACUCUUUGACCGGAUCACAGAUGAGAAGUACCACCUGACAGAACUGGAUGUGAUCUUGUUCACCAGGCAGAUCUGUGAAGGCAUACAUUACCUCCAUCAGCACUACAUCCUGCACCUGGACCUCAAGCCAGAGAACAUACUGUGUGUCAGUCAGUCAGGACACCAAAUUAAGAUCAUUGACUUCGGACUGGCCAGAAGGUACAAACCACGGGAGAAGCUGAAGGUGAACUUUGGUACCCCUGAGUUCCUGGCCCCAGAAGUCGUCAACUACGAGUUUGUGUCAUUUCCCACGGACAUGUGGAGUGUGGGGGUCAUCACCUACAUGCUACUCAGUGGUUUGUCCCCAUUUCUAGGGGAAACAGAUGCAGAGACCAUGAAUUUCAUCGUGAACUGUAGCUGGGAUUUCGAUGCGGACACCUUUGAAGGGUUGUCAGAGGAGGCCAAAGACUUUGUUUCCCGGCUGCUAGUCAAGGAGAAGAGCUGCAGAAUGAGUGCCACACAGUGUCUGAAACACGAGUGGGUGAAUACCUUGCCUGCUAAAGCUUCAAAAUCCAAAGUUCGUCUCAAAUCCCAGCUCUUGCUGCAGAAAUACAUGGCUCAGAGAAAAUGGAAGAAACAUUUCUAUGUGGUGACUGCUGCCAACAGGUUACGGAAAUUUCCAACUUGUCCUUAA